UCAUUCUUGUGCCAUCCUGAAAACAAAAAUUCCAUACGCAAAGAAGAAAAAGGAUGGCAACAACGCCUCUCCACCUCUCAUUCCUCCUCCUCUGUCUCUCCUUUCUGAUUAAAUCACAGGCUAAGCAUGUUCCGGCUCUGUACAUAUUUGGUGACUCCCUUGUGGACAGUGGCAACAAUAAUGAGCAGAAAACGCUUGCAAAAGCCGACUAUGCACCCUAUGGCAUUGAUUAUGUGGUAGGAACCACCGGCAGGUUCACGAAUGGCUUCACCGUUGCUGAUUACUUUUCUGAAUCGCUCAACUUACAACAUUUACCUCCAUUCUUGGACCACACAAAUAUUAUCGAGCCAAGCUCCGCAGGAUAUAACUUUGCGUCUGCGUCUGCCGGCAUCCUUCCUGAGACAGGCACUACUGCGGGCAAAAACUUGAACUUGAGAAUGCAGGUGGGGUUUUUCAGAAGAAUUGUUAGUACGAUCUUGAAAUCGCGCUUUAAAACCCCAGGGAGGAUGUCGCGUCACUUGUCAAGGUCUAUCUUCUUGGUUUCCAUUGGUAGUAAUGACUAUGCAGUCAAUUAUCUGGUGCCCCGAUUCUACAACAGCAGUCGCGUGUACAAUCCUGAACAAUUUGCUCAGCUCCUCGUCAACGAAUUGGGCAAUCAUUUGCAGGAGAUGUACAGGCUGGGUGGGAGGAAAUUUGUGGUGUUCGAGGUGGGUCCAAUCGGCUGUUUACCAGCUAUUGCACUGAAAAGGGCUGGGCCCAAAACCCCUUGUGUGGAGGAAAUAAACGAUGUGGUAUCCAUCUUCAACGCCAAGCUUGCUCUGAAGAUCAAUCAUCUCUCUUCCACACUCCGAAAUUCCACUUUUGUUCUUGUGAAAAACUUCAAUUUAAUGCAUGACAUGGUGAAAAAUCCUUCUCGUUACGGAUUCAAGGAUUCAAGGAACCCGUGUUGCAUUGUUAGCGAAGCAAAUGGGGCUUGCAUUCCAGAUAAGACCCCCUGCAAUGACAGAGACGGUCAUGUGUUUUGGGACGCAGCUCACCCCAGCUCUGCAGCUAACAGGAUUGUUGCAAAUGAAAUCUUCAAUGGGACAAGCCUAUGUACUCCAAUGAAUGUUCGUAAACUCAUCAACGCACAUAAAUUGUAAUAUUUUCCAAAAUCAAAGAGAAUCGCUCAGCCCUGAAUCUGGAUGAUGUGUAUCGAUGAUUCAAUUUCAUUCAAUCUGCAUAAUUGUAGGCUCUGGCAAUUAAGAUAUCAUGAGGAAUCCAUAAAGAAGGGAAAACGCUGAUCUUUACACCUAAA